AUGUCUAUUCCUUCGUCGCCGCCGGUCCUUCCGGAUGAGGUCUUCAACGAGCCGCCGAGCUCACCGCCGCUGCCGCCGGCCGCGUUCCCAUCGCGUAAGCGGCAUGCGGGAUGGGACUACGAUAGCAGCAUGUCCAGCGAUCCAAUCUUCAGCGAAGAUGCCUCUGAAGAGUCUGAAGUCACCGGCAUCAAGCGCAAGCGAUUUGUGCGCGGCCCUUGGUACCAGCAUGCUCAUUCUCCAGCUAUGGCACGCGUCAAGGGAGACACCCACAAGCCCGACAGUGGUGUCUGGCUGGGCUCUGAUAGUUCGACUGACAGCAUUGGAGGCAGCAAUCGUCGCAUGCAGAGUCUGACUUUUAAUGAAUACAUGCAGAAGGGCGCUCCUCUCACUCAGCGUCAAACUCCUACGAAGCCGAAAGACUCGAUUCAGGAACGCGCUGCGAGCAUUGUCUUUAACUCGGUCGACGCUUGCAAGGACUCGAUUGAUCUCUCUGACAUGCACCUCGGCUGCAUCGAAAACGAAACCCUCAAGCCGCUCCACCAACUCAUCCGCCUUCCUGUUCCCAUCAACGACGACCAGAAGAUCACCGUCGACCAUUUCGCUCCACUCACUCCCAACAUCAAGUUGUUCCUCUCCAAAAACGAUCUGCAGCAGCUGCCGUCUGAGCUAUGGAAUCUGGGCAAUUUGGCUGUCCUCAGUCUGCGCUCGAAUUGCCUGACCGAAAUCUCGCCCUCGAUUGGCCGUCUCCGCAAUCUCCAUGAGCUCAACGUCGCCGGCAACCAGCUUUCCUUCCUUCCCUUCGAGCUCCUCGCUCUAGUCGAGAACAAGCUUGUUCAGCUUUCCUUAAGCCCGAAUCCUUUUGUACAGCCUUUACCCCUACCGACCUCGACCAUGCUCAGAAACGUUCCUUCCAGACCCGACGAUUGUUUGCGCGAAUUGCAUCGCUUGCGUGUUCGCUGUCCUGACAUCGACAUGAGGGCACCGUCACACGAAGCUUUACUUCAUCGUCUUUAUGCCUCUCGAUUAUAUACCGCUUCUGAGGGGCCUAAGUCCAAAUCCACUUAUGUGGCUUCAUCAUCCACGACUUUCUUCGAGAUCGAUGGUUCGGUCGUGCGUCCACGAUUCCGCGCGUAUACCGCAUAUUCCGCGCCAGAUUAUUCCGCCUCAUUCGAACGUCCCUCACCACCUGGAUCCGUACGAUCUGCAGCACCAUCUCUCUUUGAACUGAGUGCGCGCGCUUGUGCUCGUUCCCAGUACGUUGGACAGUUGUCCACGCUCCUCCCAGAAGACGCGUCGCCACCCGUCAAUACGGCCAUCAGCAAGGUCAUUGAAAGCAAGCAAUUGGGUAUGCAACACUGUUCUGUUUGCAACAAGCAGUUCCUUGUGCCGAGGGCGCAAUGGGUUGACUAUUAUUACGUCGGACCCGGGAGUGAGAUGUGCUCCCCCAGUGAGUUAUUCAGACCAUUCUUGCGCAAGUCCUGCUCUUGGGUAUGCGUCGGUCGAUUGAAUGAGCAAAGAGAGAAAUAUUGGGAAGACUGCGAGAAACACAUCUUGAAUCUACCGAGGCCCUUGUGA